AUGAAACGUUCCUGGAGCCCAGACAGACAGGAGGAGCAGCUCGAAGCCAAAACACAUCCAGCAAGGCGGCGGACAGCACCGCUUGUCUCAAGCUUAAACGCAUCAGUCUCACCACCACCGUCAAGAAGGAAAUCCAUUCCCAACCCGGAAGCCCAUGAACUCGCCUCCAUCGAAGCCGGAGAAGUCAAAGUCACGGAUCACCUAGGGAUUUUCUCAACCAAGCUCAGCCAACACACGAGACCUUUGAGUAUUUCGCAAUCAACACCACGCUUAACAAUCGAUGACUAUGUCGAUCUUUAUCGGCGUAACAGCCAUCCUACAGGUCGCCACUUUGUCAUUCAUCAACAUGAUCAUCCCAUAGCAGGACUGCACUACGAUCUUCGACUCCAAUUCUCCGAGACGAGUUCGGUGAGUUGGUCUAUUAUGUACGGAUUACCGGGGGAUCCGAAUAGCGAGAAGUUGAACAGAAAUGCGACUGAGACUCGGAUUCAUUGUUUAUGGAACCAUCUCAUUGAAACUGCGUCGGCCAAGACUGGAAGCUUGAUUAUCUGGGAUUCUGGGGAGUAUGAAAUUUUGCCCUAUACUAGGGAUGCAUCGUGCCCGCAGACCGAGGAGUCGAAGUCAGAUUCUUCCGAUGGUGAAGUUUCACCCAAAGAACCGAUCUCGGAUAGUGCAAGGCUUCAAGAGGCCUUUAAGAAUCGCAAAAUCCGCCUUCGUCUUCACGGUACUCGUCUGCCAGCGGGUUAUACUUUACUUUUACGCAUGGACAAAUCUACCGAUUACGCCCGCCCAGCGAGGAAAGUGCCAAAACGACGGAGACGUAAUCUGCAAUCAACUACUGCACCACCACCGCCGCCAUCCACCUCCAGUUCGAGCAGGUCACCAUCCCCUCCCCCCCGGGAUGGCACACAGAAGCAAGAACCCACCGAUAACCAACUACCAACGAAAGACUCCAGAUCUGAAGCCGACCACGCAAAUCAUUCCGACGAUGACAUCGACUAUCAAAUCCGGAAGAAUAACGCGUACCCAGGAUCGUCGAAUACGAUAGGUUCUAUUCACCAACGGAGAUGGUAUCUCAGCAUGGAUCGUGAAAGUUCUGGAUUCGAGCCGAGGAGAGUUUCUACUGGAGAUGGGAGAUCGAAAAGGGUGUGGGUCCGAUCUAGUGAUGGUUCAGAGCUGAGCGGAUUCGAACCUUUUUAUGUGCGUGGACCUGAGAUUGAGCGGAGUGUUGUUACUGGGCGUCGAGGACAGGAUGUUCUUGAAGAUGAAGGGGUGGAAGGGUUUAUAGCUCGGAAAGGGUGGAGGGCUGUUCUGCGGUAG